CAUCUUUGCUUUAAAUAUGUUUGAGCUCGGCUGUAUAAACUCAACAGAGUGGGCUGUGUAUCAGGAUUGGCACUCCUUUCUUGUUGAGCAGUUUGGUCAUCGAAUUCAACUGGAAGGCAUCAUAUAUCUCCGAGCAUCACCACAGACCUGCAUGGAGAGGUUAGGCAGACGAGGUCGAAUGGAGGAACAGGGAAUUCAGCUUGAUUACCUCAAGAAACUCCACACAAAACAUGAAGACUGGCUCAUCAACAAGAGUACAAAGUGAGUGCUCUUACUUGUUAGUUGUAUCACCACGCGCUUGCUC